AUGGUCGAACGUUUUCAAUGGCAACUAAAGGCAUCAAUUAUGGCUAGUGGAAACGCAAGCAGAUGGUAUGAGGAGUUACCUAUAGUAUUGUUGGAGCAAGACGACGGGCAACAGCUCCAUCAGCAGCAACAGCAACAGCAAGAAGAACAGGAACGAGAACGAGAGCAGCAACAACGCAAACAUCAAUCGCCAUUUGUGCAGCAACAUCAUUAUCAACAACAAUAUUUGCGUCAGCAUCGUUACCACGACGACAAUCAGUCACAACAGAGGCAACAAAAGCAAUAUAAGCAGACAUCACGACAACAACGCCAACAGGAAAGUUCUGCCGUUGCCACAUCGACAAUUGUCUAUUAUCAUCCAUCCUCAUCGCGUUUAAAGCAAUCGCCAAGUAGUUUUGCUGACGCUGAACAACAACAACAAGUACAAAAUAUCAACAAAUGUCACAGAAACAGCAGUCGCAAUUAUAGUCGGCCGUAUAGAAGCAGCAACAGCCACCAACAUCUGUAA